AUGACGUAUUUGGUAAUAACGCUAGAAGGAAGAGAAAUAUGCAGGGCUCUGAUCAAGAAAGAAUCCAUGGAAGAUUCUUGCAGUAAAGAGAAUGCAAAUGCUUCAGAUAUUGAUGGCGAUUGCAUCUUUUCUGGACCUUCCAAGACUUUUAAUCCCGAGAAGAUAGUUCGAGAAAAGAAGUCUCGGUUGAACUACGAACUAUUUGACAAAGAAGUUCCAAAACUGAAGCACAAGAAAUCAUCGGUGCAAAAGCGUCAGUCCAAUAAGGCGGAGAUCACAAUAGACAAAGAGAAGGUGGAGUGGCUUAAAUUUUCCAGGGAUUAUUCGUUUUUAUUAUCCGAUAAUGAUGAGUUACAUGGUUCUGGGGUAAAACUUAAUCCUUGGAUCGUUAAGAAUGUUUCAAAAUCUUGUGAUUCAAUGCCGAAGAAGAAAUCCGAGGUAUCAAGAAGAGAGGCAGCGACACCAAAACCAAAAGUGUUGUCCUCUAAACCAUGGAGUAAAGAAUCAAGGUUCAAGAAUUCUGGCAGAUCAAAUUUUGAAGGUCAUGUUCGAAAGAGAAAACAAGUAAUCUAUGAAGACGAGGAUGAUGACGACGACCAAGCCAUUGAUACUCAUAAGGAAGAUACUCGGAGGACGCCAGGAUUGCUACGUAAAAAGAUCGUAGAACAAGAAAAGAGGGAGACAAAGAAACGCAAGAUGUAUUGA